AAUUCUGCGAACGCGCUAAUUUGGUUGUACUGGGGGGAGUGUACCGCCGAUUAUUCACAUCCCAGUUGCGUCAGUAAGACAGUGCGUUGCUCUUGGUUAACCUCGUGGGGUCGGGCGAGCCUGUUUAAUCCGAUCCUGGUUCCUCGCGGCCGCCUCACCUACUUGGAGCCAGUUUAAAAAGCGCCCGCACGGCCUUGCUCUGCACUCGCGACGUGAACCGAAAAGUGGCCAGCGAGCCUGCAAAGCGGGGGGAGGGGGGGAUUGAUUCCUUUCAAGGGUUUUGGGAACAGGUUUCCGUCGUUUGUCACUGGCAUUCAGCUGAGGGAGUCGAGGUUUCUUGCCUCUGCUGCUGCGACCAUCGGAAGCUCUAAUCAAACCUCACAUGUCACGAUUGCUUGUUUUUCCCGGCGCUGUCUACAUCCAGACAACGAUGUGACAGUCACUGAAGUGAGGGAGUUUGUGCAGCCCUACAUUCUUCAUCUUGUGGAUCCCGCUCCGUUGAAAUCAUUUCGAACUUCCUUCUCGUUCUGGGACGCUUUCCGGGAUUGUAUUGCGGUAACGUCAUAGAUGGUGGCGCAGAGGAGUUUGAUUCUCUGUGAUGGGAUCUUGAUUUGGGGAUAUAGCUGUCUUUAGGACUUUGCCGCGCUCACGCGGGAUUUUUAUCAGUUUAGUGUUCGCCUCAGGGCAAGCGAAUCCAUCAUGAACGUGCCGCCGAGGUCCUCAUCUGCCGCGGAGCAGUUGAGUAAGCUAAGCUUAAAGGAUGGUGCCGACGCGUCGAAGGAGUCAGUGAAGGCGAUGGAGCAUGCGAACGGAGACAAGGAGAAGGGAUCUGGGCGAGAGAUCGAUGAUUCCUCGAAGGAUGUGACGAAUGGUGACUCUACUAACUCAGAUCACCACCACAAGGAGAGGCACCAUCACAGGGAUCGCCAUCAUCACUCGGAUUCCCAUCACCGGUCAAGUCACCAUCACCGGAGCCCGCGUCGCCAUCACCACCGCAGUCCUCACCGGCACCACGGGAAAGACGACGAUAAUAACUCCAUUUCGAGCAAUCACAAAGAAGGUGACGACAAUAUCUCUAGCACUAGCAGCCAACGUCGCCACAGGGAGCGUAGCAAUGGGCAUCACCAUCAUCACCACCAACACCGAAGCUCACGGUCGCCCGAUCGUCACCAUAGCAGCAGCCAUGGGCACCGUCAUCACGGUCAUCAUAGUAGCCAUCACAGGGACCACUCGGGCGAUCGCCACUCUAAGGAUCGUCAUGGACACCAUCAUAGCCGGGAACAUGGACACCAUAGCUCAUCUCACGGACAUGGCCAGAAGCACCACUCUCGUUCUCCGGAGCGGUACCACAGCAGCCAUGGUCACCACAAGGAUCACCACGGUCAUCACCAUGGUCAUGGACAACAUCACGGCUCGCAUGGCCUCCACCGACACCACUCACGCUCUCCGGAGCGACAUCACAGCAGUCACGGGCACCACAAGCACCACAAGGAAGGAUCUGAGCACCACAGUCAUCACUCCGGUGGGCAUCGUCACCAUCAUCGAGACCACAUUUCGGGCCACAAGCACCACUCAAGGUCGCCUGAUCGCCAUCGUAACAGCCAUGGGCAUCACCACUCUCGAGAUCGUGGUCACCACAAGGAAGGCUCUGAACACCAUAGCCACCACUCUGGGGGUCAUCAUCACCACCAUAGCUCGGGACACAAGCAUCACUCUCGCUCCCCGGACCGUCACCACAGCCGCCAUCACAAGGACGGCAGUGAGCACCACAGCCAUGGACACCAUAGCCACAAGGAACAUGGCUACGGUCCCCAUGGCUCGGAUCAUCAUGGGCAUCAUCACCACAAGAGCCACCACAGAGACGGGUCAGAGCACUCGGGAAGCCACGGACAUCAUAAGAGCCAUCACAAAGACGAUUCUCACAGCCACCACAGCUCUCAUCACCAUCACCGGGAUCAUGGUCAUCAUCACAGUGAUGGGCACCAUCGCAGUAGCCACCACAAGGACCAUGGACAUCACGGACAUAAGGAGCAUCACAGCAAGAAACACUAUGAUGACACAAUUUCUAUCUCCAGUGCGGGCAGCGAUAAACACAAACAUAGCCGACACCCCAACGUGUAAGCUACAGCUCACACGAUUAGUCUGCAGUCAGUUCAAUCUUAGUUUGCUUCUUGGCCCAGGUGCAGAGCUUUGCAGUUAGUAAUUAGAAGCGACAAGGAUCAUAAGAUCGUAAUUUAUAGUCCACCCAUGUUGCUAAAUACAGCAGUGUUUCAGAGACCAUCGUCGCGAUGAAUCAUAAGCACUGAGCUGCUCGAAUGUCGUAUCAGGGAAUCUGAUGGCUCACCACACCUUCGGCCAUCACCCUCACAAGGAUCCGAUCGAUUAGCAUCCCAGCUCCAGCGAAAUUCGUCAGGCUGGUCAGCGUCAGGAGUUUCACUGCAAAGUGAUAUUGUCGGUAUUGCUAAAAUGAUUCAGACAAUACCUGCCGUGAUUGUGACUUCACUUCCUUCUGUGUAGUUAGGUGUUAGUCCAGCGAUGUCACGUUCGCCGCUCGCAGUGGAUUUUCAUGCUGGUACAUUUUCUUGUCUGUGAACCAAUGUGAAUGGUUGUCAUGGCGUUCUGGUCUGGAGACUUUUAGACUCUAUUGUUGGGCUGCGCAGUCGUGACUCAGGGCACUCAGCCAUCGGCCAGACCUUUAGUCCAGGUAGCAGAUAAAAGGGAAAUUAUACAAAGUUGAAACAAUCUUCUUCCACAAAUUCUCGAUCACUUUGUUCAAAGCGUGUCGUCCAUUAACAGGGCCGUAGUUUUCAAUAUUCUGAUUUUCAUAGCUUGAAGGAAUGGGAAUGGAAUAGUGAUUUCUACGAUGUUCCUUGUGCAGAGUAACGUCAUGGUAAUGUGAAGAUUGUAUCUUACAGAAUCAUGGUGUCUUAAUGAGGUUUUAUAAUUCAAUCUUUUACUCACUAUCAA